GAAAAUUUUUUCUUAGAUUGGGCCGGGUCGGCCUUAAACGGGCCGAAUUAGCCCCUUUUACCGCCCAAAAGUUCAAAAACUCUUAUUUUAAACCUCACCAAAAUCCCUAAAUUGAGCUAAAAAAACCCAAAAAUGAUCAGAAGACGACUCCGGCUGAGCUACUCUUCCGACGAAGAAGAGACCGUGACUCACCCACCCCUCACCCAAUCCCGUCCGAACCCGUACCCCUCGGAACCACUCCCAAUCUCCUCCUCCUCCGACGACGAGUUCAUUGACGUCUCCGACAACCUCUCGCCGCCGUCUCCUCAGUUUCCGGAAUCCGAUAAUCCACCGGCGCCUCCACCGAGCUCCGGCGGUUGUCCGGUUAGCGACUUUCUCCAGGGACUUGGCUUAAGGCUGAAGCGGGAGUGGUUGGAUGCUUGCGUUUUGGGGCUGCCGGGCUUUCGAAACCUGGACGCGGCGGCGAAGGCCAAGCUCUGCUUCGAGCAGUUCUUGGUUUCGGAUAUGAAUCUCUCCGGCGGUGGCGUGCUUCCUCAGAACGUGGCCUCUCUUCAUCUAGUUGAUCUUCCAGGACCUUAUGUGUUGCAGGUUGAUGAGAUUGUUAACAUUAGCAAUCCUUUGAAGAUUAGGUAUCAGAAAGCCUCUGCUGGACACAAAAGGUGCCUCAAGCUGUCGAUGACCGACGGUGUUCAACGUGUUUUCGGUAUGGAAUACAGGCCCAUUCAGGCCCUUGAAGCUUUGACUCCUGCUGGAUUGAAGGUUGUUGUGUGCAAUGUACAUGUUCGCCAUGGACUUCUUAUGCUGGUCCCUCAAUCAAUUCAAGUUCUAGGAGGAUUAGUCGAAGAGCUGGAUGCGGCACGGAAAAGGCUUUUUGAUGAGGUGAAUAAGCCACCAAGGGGAAACAGAACUAGGAAUGGAGUAGUUCCUCCUCUAGUGAAUAGGGCAGCCCUUGCUGCCUGGCCUCCUGAUGGUGUUCAUGUUGCUGGACAGGCUAAUAGUUCCACAUUCGAAGCGCCAACUCCCCUUCAUGCGUCCAACCGAGAUGCUGGUAGAAAUAGCAUUCCAAUGACUACCCAAGAGACUGUUCCUCUAGGUAGAGAACAUGCUGUUUAUCAUCCAUCAUCUAAUAUCGAUGAAGAGAUGCCUAUGGAUUCUAUUCCCAAUAGCAGAGAAAAUGCUGUGCCUAACCCAUCUUCUUAUGGUUUUGGUGUUGAGAGACUCCAUAUAAACACCGUUCCUUAUAGGAGGGAGAAUCCGGUGCCUAAUACUGCCAUUCCUAACCCACCCAACCCACCCUUUGAGGAUGCUUUGGAUAUUGAAGAGGACAUUGAUAUGGAUGCUGUUUCUAUUAGCAGUGAAACUCGUGGGGCUCGCCCGUCAAUUUUGAAUGAUGAUGAUAUCCAUCUGGUUAAUGAAGAUGAAACUCGUGUGCCCUACCCAUCCUCGGAUGCUAUUUUCAGUGACGAGGAUACCAAUGUCGUGAAUGAGGUGGAGCACCCACUCCUACUGUUUGGAGAGCGAGAGCCCCCUUUCAUUUACCUAUCUAGUUUGUCGAUCAGGUUAGAGACCAGUAAUGUUCAAUCUGUACGAGGGAAGGUUAAGUGUUUUUUGACUGGUGUCAAGGCUUUCCAAUAUAAGCAGAAAUAUGAUCUCCGGGCAUACAUUGAUGACGGCGGUAUGAUAUCCGAGAUUCUCAUUGAUCACAAUGUUGUACAGAAGAGGAUUGGCCAUUCUCCCGAGGAUGUCACAGCCGGUCUUUCUUCCCCAGAUAAGGCUGUAGUUUCCAAAAUGAAGGAGAAUAUGAAGCAGUUCCAAGUUUUCUUAGCAAAUUUUGAGGGGAUAAUGCUCAUAGAGAUAAGUAAAGGCUCUCCUCCAGUUGCCCUUGAGAUGGAUCAGGGCUGUCCUUCGUCUGAUGCAUGGCUGCUUCUGAGGAGACUAAAGGACUCCCCUCCGGCCCAGACAUCACAAAGUCGCUCCUCGCGCCUGGCUCAAAGGUCACAGAGUCUCUCCUCCCGUCCCAUUGAUAUAUCGCCAUAAUUGCUGACUUAGUUUAGUUUGCAGUGCCACUAUUGUUUAUGAUAGAAAAGGUUCCGAAUGGGAAGAUCUUGUGUCAGCUGUUUUAUCAUCUUGAAAUAGGUUGGUACAAUCUUAGGCUCUUAGUCUUAGCUUCAGCUUACCUGGCUCAUUAACCACAAAUUGAAGGCUUACAUAAAUAGUUUAAUUAAGAUAGUAGUGCUCAAGCAACUGUAGGCCGUACAUUGAGAUUUUAAA